GAGUCAACUGGCCAUCCAUUUAUCAUGCCAAGAUACUCCGUGGGUUCCUUUCGGUGUCACAGCCAAUAGAAACUCUCUCUGACGCGCGCAGUCGGAGGUUCCAUCCAAUCAUAUUGGGGGUCAACACCACUGAGUCAAUGAACGAGAAAUCCAGAAAGCAGCCAGUCGCGGUUAUAAUAAUGCGUCGCAGUCGCUGGCUGUCCUACUGCUCGGCCACAUAAUCGCAGCCAUGGCAUUCCCCCGAGAGCGCGGAGCUCUGGUCUCCCUGACCCCGGCUCUUUUGCCGUCCCACCCCACCGUCCUCUCCGGACACUUCGUGAGGCUGGAGAGGCUGGAAUCGAAACAUGCCGCCGACCUUUUCAGCUUGGUCGGCGGGACCGAACCAGCCAGAACCUGGCUGUGGGAUUUCUUGCCCGACGAACCCUAUGACCAACUCGAGGCAUUCGAGAAAAUUCUUGCGACUCGGUCUACUUCCACCGAUCCAAUCUUCUUCGCCAUCAUCGACCGCCGCAGUACCGCGCCCACCUUGGAGAAAGCUAUCGGGUAUGUGUCCCUCCUGCGGAUCACCCCGGCGCAUUGGACCGUGGAAAUCGGACAUGUCCUGUUCUCCAGUGCUCUUCAGCGCACCCCUGGAGCGACCGAGGCCAUCUACCUGCUGGCCCGACAUGCCUUGGAAGACCUGAAUUAUCGACGCGUGGAGUGGAAGUGUGACUCGCUCAACCUACCCUCCCGGAAGGCCGCCGAGCGGUUAGGGUUUACUUUCGAGGGGACAUUCCGGCAACACAUGGUCGUCAAGGGACGGACUCGGGAUACCUGUUGGUUUUCAAUGUUGCAGAGCGAGUGGCAGGAGUGGGUGAAGGAUGCGACCGAGCAGUGGCUGGACGCGGGGAAUUUCGACGAGGAUGGCAAACAGAAGAAGCGACUGCAGGAUUUCAGGCCAGCUUCGAAGCAAUGACAGAAAUCUAAACGGAGAUUUGUAAAAAUAAUCAGAGGCACAUUCCAAGCUGAUUCGAUGAAGCUGAUGACGUACUGAUGGAGAGCCCGGAAGCCGCGGCCUGAAAGCGGGGGCUGCCGUGCCCAUGAUCCAACAAAAUCUCCGCCAGGACGGAGUAGUGGACCUUGACUCGGCCAUCACGUCGGGGACCGACGGCGGAGGGGCGGUCCAAAGCUUAGCCCGCGCGAGGGAUGAACAAUCAU